GUCCCUGUCCCUCCUCCUCCCCCUCCGCCGCCGCCGCCGCGGCGACCUGAGGCCCCCGCGGCUCGCCGUUCCUCGGGAGCCCGGCGCUCCGGCGACUCAAGUUCGAAGCCAGGGCGCCGAGCUCCGGCGCCAAUGGCAGGGGGCAGGUGCGCGCGAUGGCUUCCUUGGGAGGCUUGCUCGGCGGGAUUUUCAAAGGCGGCGACACCGGCGAGUCCACCCGGCAGCAGUACGCGGGGACCGUGAGCGUGAUCAACGGGCUCGAGGCGGAGAUUUCGGCGCUGUCGGACUCGGAGUUGAGAGACAGGACUUCGGUUCUGAAACAGCGGGCUCAGCGAGGCGAAUCUCUGAUUCUCUUUUUACCUGAAGCAUUUGCUGUUGUCAGAGAGGCCUCGAAAAGAGUCCUAGGACUUCGUCCCUUUGAUGUUCAACUAAUAGGUGGCAUGGUUCUUCAUAGGGCGAGAUAGCUGAAAUGAGAACUGGAGAAGGCAAGACACUUGUAGCAAUAUUGCCAGCUUAUCUGAACGCUCUUAGUGGAAAAGGAGUCCAUGUUGUCACGGUGAAUGAUUAUU